AUGCUGGAAAUCAGGAAACCUUCACUGAAGCAUCCAAAACAGAAAUUAACUGCAUCAAAUGCGGCAGUUAAGAUCCAGGCCUGGUGGCGUGGCCUUUUGGUGCGACGGACACUGCUGCACGCAGCCCUCAGCGCAUGGAUUAUUCAGUGCUGGUGGAGGACACAACUGGAGAAGAUAAAGCAGAGUAAGAAGAAGGAAGCCCUGAUUGCCUACGCGAGAAGAGAAAGGGCAGUGAUCAAACUCCAAUCUUUGAUCCGUAUGUGGCGCGUCCGUUGGCGAUACUGUCAGGUGCUCAAUGCCAUCUACACCAUCAAGUACCAUUGGCAAUGCCAAAACUGCCAGACUUGUUCUCUUCUUCGGGGUCAAUGUGUAGUUACAGCCACUCAUUUGCAGUUUCACAUUGAGGUCAUCAACCACUGAAGGCUGGCAUGAAGGGCGAAUACUGCAUCUGGUGUUCUCAGUAAAGGUCAACCUGGUCUGGUAUAUUACAUGGUCUCCCCCAGCUGAUGGGAACCUGAGAACUUAGGUCACGGUGCUACUAACUCUCCCUGGGUAAAGCUCCUGAGAGGUUUUCACCUAGGUGUCCGCAGCCCAUUCUGUACUGACAAUAACCAUUUACCCCUUGCACGUAUUUUCUUCACCAGAACAGAAACCUGAAGUUCAAACCUAACCCAUUACCCCCAGUUCUAAUCUCAAAUUCAUUCUUUUCUUCUCACCUGGAAGGAAUCAGAGUGGGAUGCAGCUCCCUGAAGACUCUGGGCAACUCUACACCAACACUUGACUAACUCUAUAGGAACAGUCUAACACAGCCCAGAUAGAAAACAGGAUGCCAGGCCGGAGAUUUAGUACGGUGGGUAGGACACUCCCCUGGUACACAGCUAACCAGGGUAUGAUUCCCAGGACCAUGUAUGGUUCCCCAAGCCCUGCCAGCGGUUAUCACUGAGCAUUGAGACAGAAGUAAACAAUGAAUACUGCUAAGUGUGGUCCAAAAACAGAAGCAAGAAAAACCAGGAUGUUAGCCUUGAUGGGUGAGACUGGGCAUGCUGAUCAACUGGUGCUGACCCUGAGGAUGAAUAGAAAAUGGGAAUUUCAGGGUCUGAAGCCAGAGCACAGGAGGUAAGGCACUUGCCCUGCAUACAGUACUCAUAUGGUCCUCUGAGUACCACCAGGAAUGAUCCCUUAGUGCAGAACCAGGAAAAAAAGCCCUAAGCACAAUUGAGGGUGGCCCAAAAGCAAAAGAGAAGGAAGGAAAGGAGGAAAGGGAAGGUAAUGGAGGGAGAGGGGAAGGGUGAUGAGAGGGAAGGAAAACAGGAAUUCCAGCUCUUCAACUUUGUCUCCACAAUUUUUCCACCAAAACAUCUCUCCUCCAAGAAUGGCAACAGUAAAACUUCCUCUGAUAUCGUCAUCCCUACUCUCAUCCCUACUUCUGGUGACUCUCUCACUGUCCAAGGUGGUCAUACUUAUCUCCUUAUCUUUUUUCUUUUUUUUUU